CAACCACCUUAACACCCCUUGGCGUUCAUCUUCCCCCACCACCACACACCCUCCGAGGUCAAAAUUGGGAGAAAAUACGGCACAAUGUCCCUUGAUUCAGUAUCGGGGAAUACACUUGACCUGGGGAAUCUCUCAUACCUUACGGAGGUUGAUGAUAACCUUUGCUGCCCUAUCUGUCAUUCCCCACUAAUAGACCCCGUUCACACAAAAUGUCGCCACACCUUUUGCUCUAGCUGCAUUACCGAGGCCCUUGAGACUUCAAAGACAUGUCCGGUCGACCGGAAACCAUUGAAGCUGGAGGAUGUUUCUGCGGCUCCCAUCAUGAUUGCCAAUUUGGUCAAUGACUUGGUGGUUUUGUGUCCUAAUUCGGGAUUUGGCUGUCCUAUGACCUGCGCACGGCACUUACUAGCUGGGCAUCUUAGGGAAGAUUGUGCUUUCGUCGCAGUAAAGUGCUUGGGGUGCGAUGGUACGAUAAUGAGGAAAGAUGCUGGGUCGGGGUGUUUACACCAGUUAGUGGAGUGCCCCUUUUGCUCUUUUAGCUGUCGCAAGCUUGACAUGAAGGGUCACGAAGCGGAGUGUCCACGGAUCAUUGCCGUAUGCAGUCACUGCUCGCAAGAUUUUGCUCACCCCAACAUCAAAGCCCAUGAAGCUACUUGCGGUGAAGCGAUUAUAUUAUGUGAUUCAUCAGAUGUUGGAUGCCCAUGGAAGGGGGCUCGGAGGGAGCUAUCAGAGCAUAUGAGAGUUUGUGCAUUUACUCCUCUUCGACCGGUACUUCAUGCAUAUGCGGAUCGUCUCGCAAUGCUAGAGCUGGAGAACAAAGCACUUCGCAGGAGGCUCGAUAUCCUUAUCCCCCCAAGGCCACCCACGGAGGUUCCUACACCAUCUUUUGACGAACAUACAAUCCAGCUCCUUGCCGAACAGGAGCAUCUUCGUUCCGAUCUUGAACGGUUGACCGCAUCGCUAGGAGAGAUGGAAAUCCAGCAGGGAAUGCUGCUGAUGAAUGAGAGCUUGAGGAUGAAAGAAGAGGUUGCCGGUUUAAGAGCUGCAAUUGGGGGUAUCCGCAUGCAGAUUCACUGGUUGAUGAACACCCGUCAUCAGGCAGUUGAUCAACGCCCUGUUGGGGGAGCUUCAAGCUCCAAUGGGUCACAAAACUCAUCUUCUCAGGGCGGUGGAGGUGCCCUUCCUAAUAUCACGCGGAUGGCUGAUCCAUCAAAUGACAGGGUAAAGCUUUAAAACCCUGUUUCCUGUCUGAUGCUUCUCUUCACCAUAUUUACCUUUGUCAUUAUGUUUCCUUCCUUUCGUGGGCUCUGCAUUUUAUGGGGUUUGGUGGUACGCAUGUGGUGUUUUUUUUGGGUUUUUUUUUUCAUUGGGAUGGGCUUUGGGAUUGAAGACUAGUUGCCUUAAUUAGCCUUUUGAGUGUUGUGGUUCCAUACUCCAUUGGGUGCGAUGUGCUACUUUGCCGUUACUUUUAGCUACCGAGUGAUGGCAUAUGGUUACUUUGUUGUUGCUUUUGCUGUUUGCAAGUGGGCUUGCAUAAUUGUUUGGACUAUGAUAUAACGCAGCCUACAAUCUAAUUUCAAGAAAGGGUUACCGAU